UUUGCUCUCAGUGUAAAAAAUGGGUCAUGCUGCGCAGAUAUUCCUGCCUAAAUGUCUCGGUUUCAUUUGUAACAUUUAAAGGAAACCCAUUUAGAACUUCAUAAACAGAACCGAAGCAUAAACGGACCCAAACUUUGACAGAAACAAACAAAAUUUGCUGGAAAUGAACAACAAAAAUACAAGAUGAACAAGUACUUCAACACGGAGAUCCUGCAUUCGCUGGUGGCCCAGGUGCCCGUCGUUAAUCAGGAUCUGGACAAGGAUCCUUGCAUAGCCAUGGAACCGGCGGCUCGCUACGUGCUGUAUGUCUCCUUCGAUCCUAGUAGGGAACUUCAUCCGCGGAAAGUGAGGAAGAAUCUGCGGAAUCUUUUUGGAAAGAAGGAGACGUCGCAAGGAUGCGUGGUGAGAAUUCGUGAGGAAAAGUUGUCCGUUCUGAAGCUGGAUUUGGCCAAGACGGCGGAGCCGAAGAGCUUGGAGGAGGAGAAUGCAAGCGAGAAGCCCCCAGAUAUGAUCUCCAGAGGAGGCUCUCAAGUGGACACAAAAUCCACACCCUCAACAAGCAUCAUCCAUCUGGAUAAACGGGCCAGUGGCGGUCGCAACAUCACCUUUGAUCCCAAGAUAAUAUUUGAGAAUAAGUCCAUCGAAUGCAUUGAAGUACUGCAUCAUAAUUCCAAGUUCAAUUCCAGUUCCUGCUCGCCCAGGAUGCUGGAGAUAUAUAAGGAGAAGCUAGUGGUUCUUAAGUGGACCAACCAGAUGUCGAUCCGGGAGACGAGUUCCGAGUCGAGCCAGUAUGAUGAUUGGAACAACCGUCAGUUGACGCAGGAAACGCGACAGCAGCUAAAUCAUCCGGUGGAUUACUUUACGGGCCACUGGAAUGCACGCUCCUACCUAGACUGGUUACGAAAUUCAGAUUGUGAAGUAAUAAAAUCGCUAUGCCAAAAUAACUUUGUCGGCGCCUGCACGAAUACAACUUCCAUUGAGUCGGUGAGCAAUCCCACCCAGUCAAAUCACGUGGAGAAAUUCCGACAUGGCCUGGGCUACUGCCUGCGUAUCGUUGGUCAGUUCUUUUCCACCGGGGAGGAGGAGGAGGAGAUGGAGGCAGCUGACCAGCCGAUCCGACCCUAUGUGGACCGGGAGCACUAUGCUCCCCUAGUUUUGGGACCCACCAUUGAUGAGAGCAUUGCGUUCCUAGUAGACCGCGUCAUGAUCGCCAUCAAAUGGGCAAUGAGUGCCGAGGUGCGGCCAUCGGACAAUGCAGAGGAGCCGGAGCAGUUGCUACCCUUGCUAAAUGGACACAGGAGCACAGGAGAAGAGGAGCAGCAGCUGGGGAAUGGCUCUUUGACCAGUAUGGAAACCUCCACCCAUGUACCUGAUAACCCAUAGAAGGCGCCCACAGUGUUGAUUCCAAGUGGCUUCAAUUCCUUGUGCCCAAAAUUUUAACUAAAAUCACUUUCAGACCGUUUCUGUUUUUCAA